AUGUCCACCCUCUCGCUCCGCCUCCGCGCGGCCACUCCCGCCCCCUCCAGAAGGGCCUUCUCCACCACCCCCAAGGUGGCGAGGGAGGGCACGCCCCUUGCCCCGUCCGAGGGCAAGAGGUUGAACCGGUAUUCCCAUCAAAUCACCUCGCCCAAAACACAAGGCGCCUCGCAAGCCAUGCUCUACGCAACAGACGGGAUCGACUCUCCUGAAGACUUGGCAAAGCCCAUGGUCGGCAUUGCGAACGUUUGGUACGAAGGCAACCCCUGCAACAAACACGUCCUCUCCCUCGGCCACCUCAUCAAAUCCUCCCUCACCCGCGCCGGAAUAACCGGCUACCAAUUCGGCACAGUCGGCGUAUCGGACGGCAUCUCGAUGGGCACGUUCGGCAUGAGUUAUUCCCUCCAGAGUAGGGACCUCAUUGCGGAUAGUGUCGAGACGGCCGCCGGAGGGCAUUGGUUGGAUGGCAUGGUUACUAUUCCUGCCUGCGACAAGAACAUGCCCGGCGUCUUGAUGGCUCUCGGUCGCUUGAACCGCCCGGGAAUCAUGGUCUACGGCGGCACGAUGCAGCCCGGCUCGUGCGCCGACCAGCCCGUCCUCGACGUCGUCUCGGCCUUCCAGUCCUACGGCAAGUACCUCGAGUCCGGCGCGGACGAAGCCGCCGAGCGCGUCAGGCUCGAGACGGUCCGCAACUCGUGUCGCCGUGAAGGAGGCGCGUGCGGGGGGAUGUAUACCGCUAAUACGAUGGCGAGCGCGGCGGAGGCGAUGGGUAUGACCCUUCCUGGAUCGAGCUCGACCCCCGCUGCGUACCCCGAGAAGAAGGCCGAGUGCGAAGCGGUCGGCGAGGUCAUGCGCAACAUGCUCGAGAAGGACAUCAAGCCGCGCGAUAUCAUGACCCGCGAGGCGUUCGAGAACGCAAUCGUCCUCACCAUGAUCCUUGGUGGCUCGACAAACGCCGUCUUGCACCUUAUCGCCAUCGCGCACUCGGUGGGCAUCAAGCUCUCGAUCGAUGACUUCCAGAGCGUGUCGGACCGCGUCCCCUUCAUCGCUGACCUCAAGCCGAGCGGAAAGUAUGUCAUGGAGGACGUUCACAAGAUCGGCGGUAUCCCCACCGUCUUGAAGUACCUCCUCGAGAACAAGCUCAUCAACGGCGACAUCAUGACCGUCACGGGCAAGACUCUCGGCGAGAACCUCGAAUCCGCCAAGCCCCUCCCCCACGGCCAAGACGUCAUCCGCCCGCUCUCGUCGCCCAUCAAGCCGACGGGCCACAUCCGCAUCUUGAAGGGCAACAUCGCGCCCGGUGGAUGUGUCAGCAAGAUCACGGGCAAGGAGGGUCUCACGUUUGAGGGAAAGGCGAGGGUGUUUGAUAAUGAGGACGACGUGACCAAGGCCAUUCAGAGCGGGAGUAUCAAGAAGGGCGAGAAGACGGUCAUUGUCUUGCGCUACCUCGGACCCAAGGGUGGACCCGGCAUGCCCGAAAUGCUCAAGACGACCUCGAUGGUGAUGGGCGCCGGACUCGGGCUCGACGUCGCGUGCGUCACCGACGGUCGCUUCUCUGGCGGCACGCACGGAUUCACGGUUGGACACGUCGUUCCCGAGGCGUUUGUCGGCGGAAACAUUGCGUUGAUCGAGGAUGGCGAUGUCAUCUACAUCGACGCGGUCAAGAACACGAUCGACAUGCGCGUCUCGGACGAGGUCCUCGAGCAGCGGAGGAAGGCGUGGAAGCCCCGCGAGCCCAAGGUCAAGCAGGGCACGCUCUACAAGUACAUCAAGCUCGUCACGAACGCUAGCGAGGGAGCCAUCACCGACGGCCCUUGA